AUGUCCGACAUCGUAGCGUACAAGAUACGGAAAGCUACAGAGGAUGAUAUCGCCGUAUAUGAAAAAGAACCAGACGCUGUCGUUGCUACACCUGAAUUGCUGAGGAAGAACGUCUUUCAAGAUCACUAUGCCGAGGUAUUACUAGUACAUGCUGUUGGUCCUUCAGGCAAUGAGGUCGAGACUGUUGGUAUGUCGCUCUACUUCUUCACCUUUUCGACAUGGCUCGGUGCUCCAGGAAUUUACCUAGAGGACCUAUAUGUCAAGCCCGAACAUCGUGCGCACGGUCUCGGUAAACGAUUGUUUGGAGAGCUAGGCGCUGUCGCCAAGGAACGCGGUUGCCAAAGAAUCGAAUGGCGUGUUUUGAAGUGGAACAAGCCGUCGAUCGACUUCUACGUCGAACGUCUCAAGGCUGACAAUCUAUCCGAGUGGGACACGAUGCGAAUCGAAGGAGACGAAAGGAUCAACAAACUCAUUGAAAUGCGACAGUAG